UGAGUUGGCCAUGCAGUUUGCAAUUUUUUUUUGUGGUGUGAAACACAUUAUAUAUGUUUCACAAGCAUGCAAAGCAUCUAUGAGAAACUAUAAAAGACUGGAUUAGAUCUUGAGAUCAAUGUAGUUACUAUAGAUAUCACCGAAAUUAAAGAACCAGUUAGAUUUUUUUUUCUUUGUUUGGAAAAACCUUUUGAGGAGUAGUAACCCGUAAGGAUGUUUUUUUAGAAAAAAAAUCGAUGCCACUUGCAACUAUAUCUCCUUGAUCAGACAAAUUCCAUGCAAUGGAGUAUACAUUUUCGUUCCCUUCGAUGGAUUUUCGGUCUUCAUUCUGAAGUUUUUCAUUUCGGUACAUGUUUCCAAAGCAUGGUAAUUCUGAUCAGGCUGAGCUGGACCAGAAAUCAACCUGAACAAAACUUGGAGCCUACCCAAUUCCCAAAGGAGAAAAAACGAAGCAUCAUUGGCUGCACAGCAGCGCAAGCACAAUGUUUGCCCAUCCAGAGCAAACUCCGUAGUCUACAAGCAAGUCAGGUUUCUUCGCCACAGAGCACCGAUCCCGCGACCAGUAUAAAGAGUUGAGGGGGAAGAAGAAACAGGGCACCACCACUUCGCCGCCACAGCACACCAACCGAGCACCACCGCUCGCAGCAGCCAUGGGCCUCUUCGGCAAGAGCACCUCCAAGCAGACCGCCAAGCUCAAGUCCCUGGUCAAGCUCGCCGCCGCGCGCCUCGCCGUCGCCCGCCGCCCGCGCCUCGGCCGCCGCUCCAUCGCCCGCAGCGACGUCGGGCAGCUCCUCUCCAUCGGCCACCUCGACCGCGCCCUCCUCCGCGCGGAGCAGGUGAUCGAGGAGGACAACAUGCUGGAGGCGCUGGACGUCAUCGAGCUCUACUGCAAAAUCCUCAUCGAGCAGGCCGCGCAGCUGGAAAAACCCAAGGAAUGCAGCGAGGAGAUCAAGGAGGCGGCGGCGGGGCUGAUGUUCGCCUCCGCGCGGUGCGGCGAGCUGCCGGAGCUGCUGGACGCCCGCGCCAUCCUGGCGGACAAGUUCGGCCGGGACUUCGCCGCGGCGGCCAAGGAGGGCGCCCUCGGCGUCGUCGACCCCACGUUGGUGCGGAAGUUGUCCGGCGAGAGGGCGAGCUUGGAGCAGAAGAGGAGGUUGGUCAAGGAGAUCGCCGCCGAGAACAACAUCUUGCUGGAGUUCCCUGAAUACCCAGUACAAACUCACCAAGUUGGUCGCACAUCUUCACAGACCAACGGCCAUAGAGAAAGAGAACAAUUGAGGAAUGCCCCAGCAAGAGAAUUUGUCCAGGAGAACGCUGCCAAGACGGAUCGUCGUGAGGUGCAGCGGACGCAGAAGUCUGUUGAUGGCAAGGUGAACCCGAGCCUUGCUCAGCUGAGCGUGGAUGAGAAGGUGUCGACGGAAUCCAAGAAGUACCUCGACGCCAGGAUGGCGGCGGAGGCGGCCUUCGCGUCCGCGUCGUUCGCCGCGAUGGCCGCCCGGGCUGCCGUCGAGCUGUCACGGUCGGAGUCCCAGGGGAAGGGAUCGAGGGGUGGCGGCUACGACAAGGUGGCCCCGGUGCAGGCCGCGGCGGCGACGGAGCAAGGGACGGCGCCGCCGUCGUGGAGGCCGCAGAAGUCUCCGUCCCCGUCGCCCUCGUGGAGCGACAGGAGCACGGUGACCUCGGUCGGGUCGGACGCGGCGCAUAAGGGGAAGGAGGUCGUGUUCGGCCAGAGCGACGAGGAAGUGGAUGAAGAAGUGGCGGAGGACGUCGUCUGGCCACCGCCGCAGCUGAGCCGGCCAUCCUACAGGAGGGCGGCCUCCACGGUGGGCACGGGCGUCGGCUCCGGCGCCGGCCCGUGGCACGGGAUAGCUGCCGGCACACGGCCGUUCCAGGACGGCGCGCCACACGCGCGCCCGCCGCACAGGAGGCACGCCACGGAGUUCGCCGGCGGGAACGGUCACGUGCACGCUCCCCACGACGCCCUGGGCGGCCAGCGCGGGCAGUACGUGACCCCGCCGUACAGGAGGAACCCGGCGGCCAGCACAGGCACGGGCAGGAACAGCGACGCCGCCGCCGGCGGCGGCGCGUACGAGAGCUCGGCGUACGUGCACCAGCCUUACGCGAGGGUCGUGUCGGCGCUGGAGCGCAGCAACGAGCACAUCGCGCGGCACGAGGAGGUGCGCCGGAUCGGCACGGACGCGCGGGUGCUCCAGGAGCGGGUGUACGGCGCCGCGGCGCCGGGGCAGGGGCACGGGCCGCUGAACCCGGACAGGAGGGCCAUCUCGGUGCGCACGCGGAGGUGAGCGCGCUCUGCGGCUGCGGCGGGGGCCAUUGAAGCUGGUGGCCGGCCACCCGGCGCUCGUCAGUUCAGAGUUGGGAUGGGAGCAGAAUUCCCGGCGCAGGAAAUCGGGCCCGUUGCUUCGCCGGCAGAGCGGCGGUUUCAGCGGGUUGGUGCGGGAUCCGUGGAGAUUUCCUGCCUCUGGAAAUGGAAACAGAAGUAAAUUUUUGGUAGAAGUGAAGCAUUGUUCAUGAAGCUGAAUAUGGAUACGCAUAGCAGGUGAUUAGGUGGCCUUUUUGUACAGAGGAAGGGUCGAGUAUUGAGUUGUGGUUAACUGCGCUUUUUUUUCUGUAAAAAGUAAGGAAUUUUGUAUCGUAGAUGUUCCUAAGCUUCAGCCUUUUCUGCUCCA